AUGAAUUCAAAAAUGCAGCGGAAAGGUAUAAGUGACUGAUAUUUCUUUCAGGACGGAGCAGGAGUAGAUUUUAAACCUCCCUUUUCGCCUUAUUAUCUUUCAGUUCUUGCAAUACAAGCGAAGAAAAAGCGUUACAAGGCGCCGAAAGCACGCAUGAGGCCUGAAGAUACGAAAUCCAAGCCGAAAAGGUGGGCGAAUUUGUACUAUAUACAAGGCGGUGUCACCUCUUUGCUUUUACAAAGGCCAAAGUUUAAAGGAUUCUUGUUUUCUGUUAUGUCUAGCGGGAGUGUGUCUAGUUUUAACGACGACGAUUAUGAGGUAGACGAGAAUUCCGACGAUGAGGAGCAAGAAGAUUCUGGUGACUAUUGCAAAGGUAAGCUUGCCUUCUUGAGCGAGUAACAAAUUACACAUUGGAAAGGGUUUUGCAUAAGUUAGCGCUCGAUUUACUCAAUUCUAAGGAUCUUUAUCUUGUUGAAAUAUUAUACUGUGAGCUGAAAAAAGGAUUCAUUUUUCCGUUGCCGGGAAUUUAUUUUGUGCCGCGAUCGAUGUUGAGUACGAAUCUAUCAGCGCUUCGCAAAUGACAAGUCAAAUGGUAGUUGAAAACUAGAACAUUAAGUUGCUUCCAGCUUGACUCGUUCUUAAAAGGUUUGCCAGUAAUCGUCUUAGGGCAGUUCAGCUGAUUAGCAAUUUUAGCCAACACAGAAGUUAUUUAACUGCUUACGAAAUGUAGCAAUAAAGGAAUUUGUUUUGGCUUUGUGAAGGUGUACAUCGACAUGUACCAAAAUUAACUGCGCCUUUUGAAUCGAUCGUCAACAGAGUUAACAGGUGUACGAAAGAUCGACUUUUAGAAUACAUUUUCAGGGCAAGUUGGAGUAUUUAAUCUCAAAGGAAGUAUAUCUUGCUCUGUAAACCAAAAUAUUUGCAUGGAUUUUGUUUCUGCGGCAACAGAGGUUUCAGAAUGGCUUUGUUUGAGGUUAAAAGGUGGCAAUUAGAAUUGUAUAUGCAUCAAGCUUACAAAAUAUUCUUUAAACACAAUAGAUGAUUUUCACCAGUAUCCCUUCUCUCGGACAUAUUCUUGAUAACUGUCUUAAAAUAAAAAUAUAUGCUUUUAGUUCUUGUUUUUGUUUUGAAAACGUAUUGUGAAAGCCAGUUACUCUUUGAAAUUUCCUUCGGUUAUGUAGCAUUUUGGUACACUGUCAACUGCUAGACAUAUUGUGAUACAAAAAAGAAAAAAAUGAUAGAGUGCUCUGAAUGUCACAAGUUCACCAGAUGAUUUGUUGUCAUUUUCAAAUAUUCUGUUAUUCAGUUUUUUUUUUUGUGUGCAUAACAUUUAAAUUCGCUUUUGUGUGUGAUCAAAUUAUAUCUGCUGUUGCUGAAAACACAUCUUUAAGGCAGCGAGGAUCAAUGUUUAAGAAUUUGUUUUCUUUAGAAUGCAGCACAAGAAUAAUUAACAAUUCAAUAAAAUGGAAGUGUACACACCACACAAAACCAAAAAAAUUAAUGUAUUUUUGUCAAUAUAUAAAAAAAAUGGACAAAAAUUAAAUUGCUGAUGUGCAAUUUUGUUUCCUCAGCUGUGAGGAUGUGAAUAGUACUUUCUAAUCACCACCAAACUAGUCCAUCAGGGUGUGCAAAAAGCUCUAUUUAUCUGUGUGGUAUAUACUAAUGGUUAUUACUGAACUUGUGCAAAAGUCCUAAAAGUGACAAUUAGCAUUGAAGCUUGUUAUGAUUGAGUUUACUCGCAAAUGAAACAGCUUUUGUCUUCUACCACAAGAGAAUGAUACUUUCAUCAGCUUGAAGCUAAAAGAAAAAUAACUUCAACAAAACAAUGAAGUUCGACUGGAAUGGAAAUAAUAUUACUUCAGUCAAUUUUUAAUUUUUGGCUCUUUUCAUGUUUCAAGAAAGUCUGGCCAAAGUGACUCUUAAGAAAAUUUGUGUGAGAAAUUUAAUGAACAGUGCUGUUUUAUAUUUAAAGUAAAUGGCAUUUGUCUGUCAAGAAUGUGGUAUUGUUACAUAGUAAUGGUAUUAUGUCAGUAAAGCAACAGUGUAAUAUAAUAUACUACUGUAUGCAAUCUAUCAUUAUAAUGCAAUGUAAUAUUGUAAUUUUAUGUAUGUCUGUUAAUAAAUUCGUGAUAUCCAAUUAAUAGUUAUAAUAAUGAUAAAAACAAAGAAGCAAAACAAAACCAAGUGUAAACCAGCUUGCUCUGUGUAUUAUAAUUUGUACUCUUCUAUUGAAUCAUUACCUUAUAGGAGGUUACCAUCCUGUGCGCUUGGGUGACCUGUUCAACAACCGCUAUAGUAUUAUCAGAAAGCUUGGGUGGGGUCACUUUUCAACUGUCUGGCUAGCGUGGGAUCUCAAGUGAGUUCUUAAAAAACAAAAAAUAAAUUUAAGUGGUACACAGACUAAAGCUGUUAGUGAUUAUCAGUGUGGUUGUUAGAGAAUACAAUAUUAUUUUAAUGGAGAAAUUAGCAAUCUGUUCAGGGCUGGGGUCACUUUUCAACUCUCUGGCUAGCAUGGGAUCUCAAGUGAGUUUUCAAAAAACAAAAAAUAAAUUUAAGUGGUGCAUAGACAAAAGCUGUUAGUGAUUAUCAGUGUGUUUAUUAGAGAAUACAAUAUUAGCAAUCUGUUCAAAAACGCUUCAAGUUUUUUUCCAUGCUCUCCUUGAAUCGAGAUUGUGUUCUCGGCAAUUAAGAAAUCAACAGUGGUUUAGCAUGGUCUGUACUCUAGUGGACAGGCAACAAAUUUUGUGGUGAUGAAUAUUGUUGUCUAUAAGAGUACAGACCAUGCUAAACCACUGUCCAUUUUUUUUUUUUAGGGCAAUAUUGAGGUCAAAUAAAACCAUUCUUGGGUGUGUGACUAAGAUCAUGACACCUUGAUGCAAGCAAUGUUGUCUGGACAAUAGCAAAUUAGCUAAUCAGAUUGUGACAGUACUGCCAAUUGUGAUGAAAAACACCUGACUCUCUCACUGCCUCCCUCCAGUCAGAAGUACAAAUGGGAACGUGUAAAUUCAGGGGUUUUACUUACUUCUCUCACAAGCAGCUGCCAAUAGAGCACAAGGGGGGUUGUGUUUGGAAAAACUGAAAGGUGUAACACAAAAACCAAACAUGAUAGCUCGCUCACAGGCUAAAGAGAUGGGGAUAAGAAGUCUUCUAGGCAGCAGUAGGCUGCCCCUAACCAGCUUUCAUUGAAACUACUGCAAAUUGUCAGGGAAGCUUGAUGAAAUACUAGGGGUAAAAUUUACCCAAGUGACCCACUCAGCUCUAGCUGAAUGGGUCAUUUUGCUCAAAUACAGACUUAACCUAUACCUUACCCCUUCAAUUGAUAGUUUUCUUUGUUAAUGUUUAUUAUAUGCUGUUUAUUCAUGUUACAUCAUGUUUUUCUAUUUCCCAGAGACCGACGGUUUGUGGCGCUGAAGAUUGUAAAAAGUGCGUCGCAUUACACAGAGACAGCCAUUGAUGAAAUGAAACUUUUAAGAACAGUAAGGAACUUGUUUUUUGUGCUAGGUCUCAUGUGCAUGGUCUGGCUGAAUUAGUAUAAUGAGAACUGAUUCUUGUUAGUGGAAAUCAAAUUCCCCCUCUUGUGGUUAUUGGUAUAUAUGCAUCUUGAACUCCUAUGUUUUGUCAAUGUUUAUCAUCUGUCAUCAGUAGGGUCAGAGUAAUGAUGCGAAAAAAAUUUAGGAUUAACUCAUGUGCAAGGUCUGAUUCUUCUUGUUGGUGGAAAAUCAAAUUCCCCCUUUUGUGGUUAUUGGUAUAAGCAACUUGAACUCCUAUGUUUUGUCAAUGUUUAUCAUCUGUUAUCAGUAGGGUCAGAGUAAUGAUGCUAAAAAAAUUUAGGAUUAUGCUUUUGAACAUCACCACUUAAAGUGUGAUAAAACUUGAUAAAAAUAAAAGGCUUAAGAAAGAUCCAGAACACAACAUUUUUGUCAGAUUCCUAUAGUGCAAGAGAGAAAAACAGCCUCACUGUAGACAGUACUUGUUGACCAAAGUUUAGUGGUUGUGUGAAGCCAUGGUUUUCCAACUCCUAAGACUUAAGUUGUUAAGUGAACUGCUGAAGACAUUACCCAGCUAUACUGCUUUGAUCAAAGAUGAGCGCUAUAAUCAUGAGUCAGGUUGCCAAUUAGGAACAUUAAAAAAACAGUCUAGUGUGGAGUAUGGCUUUAGGGUUGAAGACAGCCUGGUAUCCUGCAGAGAACAGUCUGGAAAGUUACCACAUCUUUUAAGUACCUUCAUAGGAAUGUAGAAUUUUGAAUUGAAUAUUGGAAAUAGUACAACCAUCUUGUACAUAUCAUUGUGGACUUUAUUUGCUUGCUUACCAGAGUGCUUUAAGAAGAUCUGUCAGUUAAUUUGCUUUCUUCGUUUUUUGUUAGGUCCACACAGCUGAUUUGACCCACACUGGAUAUAAACAUGUUGUCCAACUAACAGAUGAUUUCAAAAUUGUAGGAAUAAAUGGCUCACGUAUCCUUUAUGAAAGAACUAUGUCCAAAGAAACCUGUUUUCUGUUUCGUGUACCUUCAAUGUGGGGACUAUGAGUAUUAGAAAAUGCAAAUUUUUUAACCAUUUAGGCAACCAUGGCAAGCAAAAGAAAAAAGUUGGCAACUGGAUUUUCAAUGAAAGUUGCCAAUGUGGCCAUCGUCAUUGACAUGUCCUAAUUCAAUUAGUUCCCAGAAGUGAUCUUGUAACUUUUCCUAUAAUAUCCACACGAUAUCCAGCAAACAGGAAAUGAGAAUACUCUUGAAACUUAUCAGGUAGCAGUUGCGAAACUUGAUCUAACACCAAAUUCUUACAACUAGUAUGCAUGGAAAUGUGUAACAAGUCGAGAAAGGGAAGAAUAAACAAUCAGAUGUUGAGUGAGCAAAUUUUUUUUUUAUUUUUGCAACCUUUAAAAGUGAUCCGAUCAGACAGAAUUUCUCCUCACAAUAUCAAUACAAUAUCAACCAGAUAAGUAAUGAGAAUAAAGAAAAAUAUCAAUUUGGGGACUAAGUGGAUCUAAUUCUAAAUUCUCUGAACUAAAAUUAUAAGAAUUGUAUGGUUGACAGUAAGGAGAAUAACAAAUCUUAUCAGGGAGUUAAAGUUUUAACCCCUAAAAACUCCUUGGCAUCUAAUUUCUCCUUGCAUUAUCACAUUCCAAAUCACACAUUUUUUUCAUGAUAUUAAAGGAAGUGAUCACCAACUAAAGAAGCUCUUGAUUGUUAAACAAAUUCUCCUUGUCAGCACCUUAGGAAAUGUAUAGAGAACAGUAUGGAGAAUGUGUGUAUUGAUUUAAGGGUUUCAAGGAUUAAAUAAGGAUUUUUUUUUACAGUAUUCCACAUAUCCAUUCUUUGACUUAGAUACAUCAGAUAUAUGUAUGGUCUUUGAAGUGCUAGGUCAUAACUUGUUGAAAUUAAUAAUCAAGUCCAGCUAUAAGGGUAUACCUUUAGUGCAAGUGAAGAGCAUCAUAAAACAGGUCAGCCUUGAGUACAUUGUAUUGGAGUGUAAUUGUUUGUCUUAUUCUGCUGUUUGUUUGUUUGUUUGUUUGUUUUUUGGGAUAUGGAUUGCUAUGUUUUCAACUGAAUACAGUGAGUCUUCAUCAGGGGAAGAAGUCUGAGGAUGAUUACCACUAUACAUAUGAUCAUUUAUGUAUCACUUUCACCGAUGAUGUAAAAAUGUUGUAGGAUUUAAAACAUUGGUAACACACUCAGCUGUGUCUCAUGUGCUACUUUUGUGCUCUCAUUUACACAAUUUGACAUCAUCUGUGAUCUAUUACUGAACAGAUGUGCAGCAAUAUGGAACCUUUUUGUUUAUUUGUUAUCUCUGUGUUGUGAAGAGGGAUGUUUGUCAUUUUGUCACCAGCAUGGGUUUAAAAAAAAAAAAUCUCCUGUUUGUUGUUCCCAAAGAUCAUGCCCCAGAUUGUGUGGUAUUAAAAACAGUUAUUCACCUCAGUAUCAUUGAAAGUGGCAGGAUAUUUGUCUCCAUUUACAUCCACUUUAGUGAAUAAUUGUGAAAUACUGCCAAAUAAAUUUGUACUGUUACAUAUGUGUAGAUGUUGAAAGUUCAAGUAACACAGCAAUCUGUUUUUUCAACUCUGUUUUUUACAGACGUUACAAGGCCUAGAUUAUCUGCACUCAAAAUGUAAAAUAAUUCAUACGGAUAUUAAACCAGAGAAUAUUUUACUGUGUGUGAGUGAGAAAUACAUACAACAACUGGCGGCAGAGGCUGCAGCAGCAAGGGCAUCAGGACUGUACUCUCCUGCACUUAGUAAGUACAAACAGAUCAUUAUUAGAAUUGAAAUUUAACUUAGAACCUUUUUUAUUCUCAGUAGUGAUGUGUACUCAAUUUCUCAUUAUAAUAUUUGUACACUGUCAUGCAGAUGACAAGAGUAAGGAAGAGUCCAGGGGAUAUGGUAUUGUUUGAUCUAACCAAAAAUUCUCGUUACCCAUACUACAAGAAAUUUAUGACAAGAAAUAGAAAGAUUUGAUCUCUUGACCCAAUAACUGCUAAGAGUGACUAGCAUCCAAUUUUUCCUCGCAUUGUCACCCUUGAAUCAAACAUAGAGGUCAUGAGAAUAAAGAAAAUGAUCAUCAAAUAAGGAAGCUUUUGAUUCAAAACCAAAUUCUCUUUGUCAGAGCCAUAAGAAAUGGUUAAAGAACAGUAUGGAGAAUGCACAUGCUGAUGUUAGGGUGUAAAGGGGCACUGACAUGUUAGAACUAAUGCAGAUGUUAUGGCAACUUUAUUUAUUAAACAGGAUGAACUAUUUUUUCUUUUCUACUUUUCCAGUCAGUACAGCUCCUCCGUCAGUGAUGCAGGUGUGUAGUAAACUUUUUAAUUUUAAAGCAGAACAUGUUUUUUUAAACAAUGCCAAUUUAGUUAUUUCCACCUCAUAUCAAACUAACAGCAAGCUGAGCAGGUCUCUGUGAUAUUUAUACCUGGUGUGUGAGAUUUUCAAACCAGAAACCUGAUGUUUAUCUUGCAGGGUGUUUGUUUUCCAGUUGCUAUGUAUAAUUCUCUGGUGUAAUUUUGACAGCCUGAGCUAUAUAUCAUAUAUGUGUAAACCAAUUCCUGCCUAGUCCCCAUGUCCAUCCUUAAAUAGUUUGACUUUGGUGCUGGCUAUGAAAAAGGCCAAAGUGUUUACUUGAGUUCACAAGUGAUCAUGAGUAAUGUUAUGUUCUUAAGCUGUUUUGCUGUACCCCCAAAUGAGCAAAUAAAUGUCAACUUUUAUUGUUUUUCUCUUGUUUCCUAUGCUAUGCAUAUUUCGUAGUAUGUUAUUCCUUUGUUUUUUUCAAUGUUGAAAUAAAUUGUGCAGUUCUUAAUGUAUUAUUUUUGUAACUUUUAUUCUAGAAACCGUCGGCAAUGACUUCUAUAGUUAAGAGUUUGAGUCGUCCCAAAGUAAACUCAUUUUUUUCCCAAAGUUAUUGCUGGUGUGUUGGUUAUAUAAUCCUAUCCUCCUAUGUCAUACAAUUCUCCUGUCUUGACUCUCGAUCUAAACCCGUUUUUUGUGAGGGAAUAAUUGGUGCUUGAAGAGAAAGAAAGAGAGAGAUGUGUCCACAUGUUUCUGGUCUUCAUGGUACAAAUGUUCUCUUUAUUUGGCAGCAAUGCACCUCAACAAAGAUUUCAAAGAAUAAGAAAAAGAAGAUGAAAAAAAAGUUAAAAAAGCAGAUUGAGAAGCAACAGCAGCAGCAGGAUGAAAUUGAACAAGGGAUGUUGGAAGAAAAUGAAGAAGCUUCAGACAAGGAGACAGAGAAAUGUUGUAGCAAUAGCAUGGAAAAUUGCACAGAAAAUUCCACAAAUUGUGAACAGAAUGAUAAUGAACUUGAAUCAAAUCAGUUGCAGGAAGAGACUGUAGAAAAUCUUGUUGAUUGUGAAUCGGUUGAAAAUUCUGAAGAUCUAAGUGGCCAAUCUCUUCAACAAAAGUGCAUAGUCACCAAUGAUGAUAUGUCAGUGACAGAGGAACAGAAUGAACCAGGUACACAACAAUUAAUUGUGGGUUGUUUUCAUUUAUUUUUUUUUUUAUGUCAAGGGGUUUAUUGAGGACAUGUAGAUUUACCUUAUAUUAUUUCAUGUUCAGUUACUGUUUGAGAAAAAUCUCUAUUCUGAAAUUAUAAGCCCAGGGCGUGAAAUUGCGUCUAAUACAGGCACUAAUGCGACUAAAUUUUUCACUUUGGUGAACAACUCCUGAAAAUGAGUCACCAAAUUGGAAACUAGAAUGCUUCACCAUAACCUUACCUAGAGAUAUAGUGAAUUAAAAAGAUUUGCAAAGAUAAAUCUACGGCAAACUUCCUCGUUAGGUUUGUUUCCAAAACGCAGCACAUGUAUAUUGAUCGAUAAUUAGACGCCAUCUUGGAUUUAAUUGAGUUUGAACGUUGUAUAUCAUCCAUCUUAGUGUCCACUUCGUAACACGUUAACUAUCUCUUUCCUAACUUGAUUUUGGAGGGUCUAUCUAGUACGCUGACAGCGUAAAAAAGGUUUUGUUUGUCUUAAAAAAUGGCGACCAACUUUUUGUGAAUUGGCUACCACUUUGAAAAAUUUAGGAGCCAAGUGGCUAUCAGGAAAAAAAAAUUAAUUUCACGCCCUGUAAGCUACCCUCUUCCUAGCCAUUUGGAGAUAGAAUUUGUCAAAAUAUCUGAGCAGCAGCCACAUUCAAUAAUUUACUGUUUAGGGAUAUCAGUGUGGCAAAAUCUGGAUCAUCUGUGAGCAAUUUUCUCUAAGGAAUUAUAAUCAUGGGCCACUGAGAUACUUAGCCCUGUAAAUCCCACUCCUAAACCCCCCCCCUCCCCCACUUCCUGCAUAAAGGGUGACUAGCACACAAUUUCUUCUCACAGCUGUGUCACCUCUGAAUCAAACCAUAAUGUCCUGAGUAUAAAUUAAGUCAAUUAUUGCCAAUGUAAGAAGCUCUUGAUUGGUACUAUGGGAAAUGCAUAGAGAGCAGUGUGGAGAAGGAAUAACUACUGAAUUUAACUGUCAGAAUCUAACUUUGCUAUCUGCUUGUAGAUGCUCUGCUUUGCAAUGGUGAUGCACAAGAUAGCAAAAGUGUAGAUAUGGAAUCUUUACCAGAGGAGAAAGGUACUUGAGAUGAUGUUAUGUUAAACUUUAUUUUCUAAUAUAUCAUCAACAGGGCUGGAUGUUGAGACCAUUUUGGUCCUGAUGGCAAGAUGAAAAAGAAAAGGAAAUUUUGGGUUAAAAAUGCUGAUAUGGUGAUCUGUGUUUGUACUUUUAAGGUCAAUUCAAGGUUUUCACUAACAGCUGACAACAGGAAGAUUUGCCACCUAUUUCCUCUGAAAUUCAUAACUUUAGAGUGAAGAUCAAACUUCCAUUAGCUGCCUACUUCGAAGGUUUUGUUGCUACUUCAAAACCUAUCAAAAACCCUGUUAAUUUAAGAUAUUUACUUGCGAACGAUUCCGCCAAUUCUCCAUCAUUUUCUCCAAUGAGAAAUUAUGCAUCGAGUGUUGCAUGAACUUCCAAGAAUAGUUGCUAGCCACACUUUUUGGUUACAUAAGCAGUUUGGUCAACCCUUUCCACCCUAACAUCAGUAUGCAUAUUCUCCAUACUGUUCUCUAUACAAUCCCUAAGGUGCUGACGAGGAGAAUUUGUUUUAUAACCCACAGCUUCUCUUGUUGGUGACCAUUUCCUUUAUUCUCAUGAUCUUAAUAUGUGAUUUGGGUUUGAUUUUGUAAGGAGAAAGUAGAUGCCAGUCACUCUUAGGGGUUAAAGGGUUAAGGGCAUGGCAGCUCAUGUGAUGUUACACAAAAUGUCUAUUUCCAUUCUUCAAUGACUUACAUUUAAUUUCUGGCAAUCAUUUGGUUGUUGAAUGGCAACUUAAAGAGGCUGAGCUUUGAGUCCAAAUCCUUUGACCAUGAGAGUGAUUAGCUUCUAAUUUCUCCUCACAACACAGGGCGUAGUUUUUUUUUUCUGAUAGCCACUUGGCUCCUAAAUUCUUCAAAGUGGUAGCCAAUUCAAAAAAUUUGGUCGCCAUUUUCAAAGACAAACAAAACCUUUUUUUACGCUGUCAGCGUUCUAGAUAGACCCUCCUUAAUUAAGUUAGGGAAAAGAUUUUUAACGUGUUACAAAGUGGACACUAGGAUGGAUGAUACACAACGUUCAAGCUCACCUAAAUCCCAAUGGCGUCUAGUUAUCGAUCGAGAUGCAUGUGCUGCGUUAACGAGGAAGUUUGCCACGGAUUUAUCUUUGCAAAUCUUUUUAAUUGACUAUAUAUCAUGGUAAGGUUGCGAUGAAACAUUCUAGUCGCCAAUUUGGCGAGCAAUUUUCAGGAUUUGGUCACCAAAGUUAAAAAUUUAGUCACGUUGGCGCCUGUAUUAGGUGUAAUUUCACGCCCUGCAACAUCACAACUAAAUUACACAUUGAGGUCAGGAGUAUAGAGAUAUUAUCACCAACUAAAGAAGCUAUUGAUUCUUUAACAAAUUCUCCUUGUCAGUGCCUCAGUAAAUGCCCAGAGAACAGUAUAGAGAAUAUGCAGACUGAUAUUGGUGUAAAUGGUUAAGAACGAAAUCUGCUUUUGUUAUAGGAGAUUACUACAUACUCCCUGUGGUGUAUUUUUUUCAGCUGCACCUGAGGAGAGUUGUGUUGGUGAAAUUUGUCCAGAAGAAAUUGUCACAGAACCAGAAGAAGAUGAAGAUUCUAUAAGAGUAAAAAUAGCUGAUCUGGGGAAUGCAUGUUGGAUUGUAAGUAUAGGCACUACUUGUACUUAAUGUUACAACAACCCUGGUUAAAAUUAGGAAGGACACUUUGAAUGUUGUAUCUGAAGGCUUGUAUUAAAAUAUGUGCCUUAUUGAUUUCAAAAAUCUUCUUUUUGUGAGGAUACCUAACUCUCUUCCCUUCCCUUUUCCACCAGGCAAGGCGUAGCACAGCUUCAGCUUUUAUUGCAGAGGAGUAGUAGGGUACAUUAUUCUCCCAAAUUUUAAGCAUGACAGUUAAAAGAAAUAUCUUAAACUAGGGAAACAAUCCUUUUACAUCUUAAAUUUUCAAGAAUUCCUGCUGAAUUUAGUUGGUAAUGAGUGGUAUGACAGGAGGUGAAUUUUACUGGUUGUGGCCCAAAAAGAUGAAUGCAGGGGUUUUUGAAAGGUUUGAAAUAACUAAGAAAAACAAGUAGUUUUGAGAUCCUUGGUCAAUGUUGGCCAAUGUUAGCCAAUUCCGGACAGUCACAUAUGGUUUCUCUCUCUUUUAGCAUCAUCACUUUACAGAAGAGAUCCAAACAAGACAAUACCGUAGCCUUGAAGUUUUAAUCGGAGCUGGUUAUGGCCCAGCGGCUGAUAUGUGGAGCACAGCUUGUAUGGUGAGAGAAAGAAGUAACAUACCUAAAGGGGCUUCAAAGGGAGACACCAUCAGUUACAUGUGUGCCUCCCUGUUCUAGUGUUGCUCUAUAUGAGUUUCUUUAUGUGUUGCAGUAUAUACAAUGCUAAAUACUGAUUGACAGGAAAGGGCAUUUUCACAGGCCAUGUGGUUAAUAUGAUGAGUCUGCACUGAACUAACAUCCCAUUCAGGGGGGAGUAGUUUUCCUCCUUGUGGUUCCGUGUUACAGGUGGUGGGAUAUGCCCAGUGCCUUGUAGGCUACCUGAUUUGUUGUUUUUGCCAGAGAUUCUGAUUUUUGUUUCAAUUUGUUAGGGUGUCAGGGUAGGGUGAAACAGUCUCCUGUGAAGACAAGUGUAGGGAAAAAUUAGAAAAGUUUGUGAAUCUGAGCUUGUGUGUUAAUGGUUGCCAAUCGAAAAUAUGAUAACAUUGAGAGGAGGGGAGGGGGGUUAGUGUGCUCGAAUCUGUGUUAAGAAGUCUGGUUUCCAGAUCUGGCUGGGUCAAUGUGUUGAGUUCCUUGGCAAGACACCUUACUCUCACAGUGCUUCUCUUCACCCAGUAGUCGAAAUGGGUAUUGUCCCUCUCCUUCCAGGAGUAUAAAUGGGUACUAUGAAACUGUCAGGGAAGCCUGAUGAAAUGCUGGGGGGUAACCUUGCUUUGGAUUGGCAUCCCAUCCAGGGGGGAGUAGUUGUUACUACUUGUGGUUCCAUGUUACAUAGAUCAGGAUAUGCCUAGUUCUUUGUGGGUUAUCUGAUGUGUUGUUUUUGCCAGAGAUUCUGAUUUUUAUAUUGAUUUGUUACUUUUCCUAUCCAGUGAGAAAAUGAAUUACAGUGUACAGGUACCUCCAUGUUGUUUCAUGAACUCUUGAACAGUCAUGUGUGUUGAACUCACUGAACUCUUCUUGGGUAAUGAGACUUCAUGGAUUGCUAUCUAACCCUGUACACACUAAUAUCAGUAUUCAUAUUCUCCACACUGAUCACUCUACAUUUCCUGUAGUAAUGAUAGGGAGAAUUUGUUUGACAACCAAGAGCGUCUUAAAUUGAUGAUCAUUUUCUUCAUUCUCGUGACCUUUAAAGGGUGAUACUGUGAGGAGAAUCUAGAAGUUUGAAUUGUUUCUUUUUUAAUCUAAAGCUCCGAGGAAUUUCCGUCCCCUUUUAUUUGAAACAAUCCAAAUGGCUGCUGAAAGGAAUUGUUCGAUAGCAACUAAAUUUAGACAUGACUCAAUCUGGGGGCGAACUCGACUUGGUGGGGUCGAACUCGAAAAGUGUGGGGGCGAACACGGUAUAAGGUAGGGGCGAACUCGAUAGGGGGUGAAAGCGGCGGAUACCGCCGAAAGUGGUUUGGACUCUUUUAGGCAUUUUUCUUCUACACUUUUCUAGUUUGUUUCCUUGGAAGAAUCAAAUAGAUUAUUACUUUUCAGCGUGUUGUGAUCUAUUUCGGGUAUGGAAGGUUACCAUAACAACACUGCAGCUUUUUAAAAACACCCUUGUUUUAACUUAAGAGCGAGUUUGAUACUCCUUUGUUUUAGAGCAUUUUUCGAUUGAGUGUUGUGAAACCAAAAUCAAAGUAUCAACAACGGCCAAUCGAGAGGAAGAAAAAUACCUCAAAGAGGCAGUUGAAACUUAAAUCAAGCACAUCAGUUUGUCUAAGGCGCAGGAAAACGCGAGCGACAUGUCAUGAUUGGUUUUAAUUCUGUAUCUGAUUGGAUGAAAGAGUGGCGGGGUUUUCUGGACCAGUCACAUUGCGAAGUAAAGCAAAACCAAUGCGAUUCUGGAUUACCUUCCGGCGAGACUUCAUCGAAAAUUUUACUAUUACUGAAUGUAUUGGCAUAUCAAGAUUCAACUUUCGGACAAGGCUUUUUAAAAGUCUGUAUAUAUCGUUCAGAAUUCUCUCAGUUUUACAACAUUUUCAUGCCCCAACAGGUCGAUAAAUAGUUUGAUUCACAAUACAAUUAUUCUGUUUUGGAGAUUUUACACCGGUUUUUUUUUGGUUUGUUUUUUUCAAAUCAUUCAUAUUUUCCUUAAUUCGCAUCACUUGUCUACUUGAAAUUUUAUUGAUAUUUUAAGGGGAAAUUAUGUCUUGGUCAUUCAUGGGAGUCUAAGGGUUAAUAAAAUAUGUGUCAUGUCUCAUGUUGAAAUCAACGCGGACUGAACCCUGCUUGUUUUUUUCACUUAUUCUUGCAAAGUAAGAUGAGUUUUAAACUCUCUCAUUGCUUUGCACGAAUUAGUGAAGAUACAAACUGCGAUCAAAGAUGUACUGAAAUGACUAACGUGGAGGAGUUUGAUAUUUGCCACGUAUUUUGAGUACAUUCCGAUGUCAGGAAGUUAACUGAGUUUUAGUUACGCAUUUAUGGUCUUUGCAAUCCGGUAAUAUACAAUGUGUAGUUCGGUAGUGUUUUGUAUAGGAUGUAGAAGCAGUUAACGAGAACAGUAAGUAAGACCGAGAGUUGUAGAUGUCAGGAUGUGCCAACUUGAGAACAUUUGCCCUUAAAGCCAGACUUUUCCCGAUUUUUAUGGCUACUUAGUUAAUAUCAUGAGACGCUAGUCCAUCGCAAGUUAUCCCCCUUUAUUUAAUCUCGUUUCCCAAACAGUUUGGUAGGAGUGCAGGCUCAUCUCCCGACCAGCGGCUAACGAGUGAGUCGAAGGAGAGAGGCACUGUGAGAUGGAAGUGUCUUGCCUAAAAAGGCAAACCAGGCCUCUGUUCAAGCACGGUCUCUUUGAUUCUAUAGUUCUUUCGGGUCGUGGAAAACCUGGAGACUCGUGGAAUUCUAUGUGUUUUCCCUAUGGUGCCCUGACGGUGUGCAACUUGCCAAAGAAUGUAAUUUUUUGCCAUUCCUCUCUAGGCAUUUGAAUUAGCUACAGGAGACUUCCUAUUUGAGCCACAUUCAGGAGAAGAUUAUUCAAGAGAUGAAGGUAAACAGUUUGAGGUGUAUUAAUCCUUUGUUGUUCUUUGAAAUGGCGUGGCAUUCUGUUAGACAAGAACGUAAGAAACGCGCGCGAAGUAGAUUGGACACGCACCAAAGAGGCCCAUUUCGUCGUGCGUGUUGGUCAGUUACUUGCACGUGUUGGUCUGAGUUACUCGCACGUGUUGGCCUGAGUUACACGCACGUGUUGGUCUGAGCUACUCGUACGUGUUGCUCCGCGUUACACGCGUGAGUUGGUCUGAGUUAAUCGCACGUGUUGGUCUGAAUUGCUCGCGAAAUGGUAGAAAUUACUCACGCGUGUUGGUCUAAAUUAAUUGCGCCCUGUCGAAACGAGCGGAUACGCAGGUGUGAAUCAAUCCUGUCGAGAACAGAAGCCUUACAGAGUCUCGGGUAAACUAAGAAAGUUGGAUAUUUUCCUCUCGCGGAUCGUUGAAAUGUUUUGAAGAUGUUAGAAUGACAGAUCUCUUUCGAUUGAUUGUCGAGUAGAAAAUUCCAGACCGUCAAUUACAAGGAGUCUUUGAAAACUCGGAAGUAUACAUAACCAAAUUGCGGUAAGCGGCGGGAAAAAAACGCUGGUGACCAGAAGCGAUUGAUUUAAAUUUUGCAUCUGAUUGGUUGUGAAAGACCACGCCAAAUUUUAGACUAAUCACAGAGCGUCGUCAACUAAAACUCUUUUCAACUAAGGGUCACAAAGAGUUCUUUGUGACUCUUAGUUGAAAAUUGGUCUUUUUUAGGACAACUUAUGGUAAUGAUAUCUUUAGGAAUUUAUCAUCAAUGGCUGAUUCGUUAAUUGAUCGAUGUUAUCUUUGUUAUUUAAUUUGUCUAUUUUACAGAUCACCUUGCUCACGUUAUUGAACUUCUUGGAAAAGUUCCACGGCACAUAGCUCUCUCCGGGAAAUAUUCCAGAGAUUUUUUCAACAAGAAAGGUAGGUUUUACCUUGAGCCUGUUUAAUCCUUUUCAAUUUCUUUUUUCUUUUUUUUUUUUAAUUACAACAUCAAUGAACACGCUGUGAAACAGCAUACAGAUGGAUUCAUUGCGAAAGACGGCGAACGCGUUCUGGUUAUUCGGUGACUAUUGAAUUGUCAGGAUUUUGAAUCACUCGGAAACUGAGCAUGUCUAAAUUGCCAUGCUAUUGCUGAAUAAAUUGUAGCCUUCACCAGGCAAUCAGUUAAAAGGAAGCGCGAUAAAGGAGUGAAAAAACGGGAAGGGUUUGGGUCGGGUCGCAUAAUGAACGACGCGACCCAAAACUUCCUCGUUUUUUCACUCCUCUGCUACUAUCGCGCUUCGCUUUAACUUCCUUUUAACUUCGUUUUGGUUCGGUCGUAUAAUGAACGACCCGACCCAAACCCCCUCGUUUUUUUAACGCCCGUUGGGCCGCACAUUCUUUUUUUUAACCUCAAAAUUAUUUUAAGUUUUAAUUAUUUGAAUUUAGUUGUUUAUAUUUCAAUCCUUUAUAGUUCGGACAAGCUGAGUUCUCGACAAGGGCGGGCAACUAGCGGUUUUCCCCGGCAUAUCACCUGUUUUCGCCAUUUACUUACCCUUCUGGAUGAUCACAUCUUAGGCGAGUGCUCCGUUCCCCAACCGUUCGCAUAACUUGACUACCAUAAAAAAAACUUUGGACAAGGUUACUGUACGACUCUGAAUUCUUACCCCUUGUCCUUGUUUGACUUGUCUCAAAAAUUGGCACGUACCUUUUAAUUUUGUUUUAGUUGUCAGAGAGGUCUGUCAAAUUUAUUUUUUGUUUUUGUUUAUAAUAGGAGAACUCAAACAUAUUUCCAAGUUACGUCCUUGGUGAGUAGUGUUUCUCGCUUAUUAUAUCAGAGAACCAUACAUGGCUGUAAACUUUUGCAAGGAAAACCUUGAACGACGAUUUUGUUCUAUCAACUGGGUUGAUAUGUAAAUCGGCCACUGUAAAGUGUCUAAACCUGAAGUUUAAAGCGUUAGCCCUUCGCCAUCCGCUCAGACGGAGGGCUAACGCUCGAAACGUGUACUUUGGAAACAGCAGAACCACAGUUUCUUUUGAAACUUAUCAGCUUCAAACCUUGAAUGAGCCAGGAGUCGUCCAAAGGUUUUUGUUUUCUUUUUUUUUUUUUUGAGAAAAGCUACAAAGCUAUAGAUUCUAAGUUGUGAUUGUCUUCUCUUCCAGGGGACUUUACGAUGUUCUUCGCGAGAAGUACGAAUGGCCUGAAAAGGACGCCAUAGAAUUCUCAGCGUUUCUGCUUCCAAUGCUCGACUUCAACACAGAUAAACGGGCAACAGCCGCACAGUGCCUCGAACAUCCGUGGCUGAAAGAAGUUUAGAAGAACCCAGAGGAAAACAAACCUGUGUUCGCUGAAUUUGGCAUUCAUGAUCCUUUUAAGCCAUCUUGUACAGCUGAAGAUGACCAAGGGUUGUCUGAUAUCAUCUGGAUAUAUUGUUUUUCUUUAAAACCCUUUUAUCCGAAGAUGGAUUUAUGUUUGGUCGAGCACCGUUAACUUAAAUAAACCACGCUUUGUGGCGAAGAUAGAACGAAAAAGCAGCUAGUCAGAUGUGGCGGAUUUAACUAAGGUUGCAUUUUCGUUUGGAA